AAAGGGGAAAAGAGGAUAAAUAAUCCGUGAUGACAUCACCUGACUUGCACCCGCGGGUUGGCUGAGUCAGCGCGGCCGGGGGCCAAUUGGCAUCGUUGCGACAAGUCGAGUAUUGCGCCUGAAUAAUACACCAGCAGCAUCACCAUCAGUACAACUUUCUACCUGACCAGACUAACUACAUUGGUCAUCUCUCAGCCUCCUAAGUCAUCUGUUGUCCAGCCUUCUUGGCCUCAUCGGCUGCCCUACCACGCAUACAUUCAUUCUCCAUCGCUGGGACCCAUAUAUUAGUCCUAACUCUCCUUGUGUCUGCCUGCGCACUCGUGUCUUGUGACUUCCAAAAUGUCUAUCAUUCUCGAGCCCCCCGAGUUAGCCUUCAAGCGCCCCUUCAAUCGUGAAGUCUGCCAGAUCCUACAUCUCAAUAAUGAAAAUCAGGAGCCUGUUGUUUUCAAGGUUAAAACGACCGCCCCGAAACACUACUGUGUUCGCCCCAACUCGGGACGGAUAGAACCCGGAAAGAGCGUCGAUGUCCAAGUGUUGUUACAGGCCAUGAAAGAGGAGCCCGCCGCGGAUGCCAAAUGCAAGGACAAGUUCCUCGUCCAAACUGUUGCGGUAACUCGUGACAUGGAGUUUGCGAACGUCACUUCUAUCUUUGAAAAGGCUUCCAAGGCUGCAAUCCAGGAGCGCAAGAUCCGCGUGAACUGGCUAUCCGCUGAGGACUCCCCAGCCGCCGAGCAGGGAGAUACGAACGGUGUUAAUGUGCCGGAUGACGAGCCCCCUGCCUAUACUUCUCCCGCUGCCAACUUCCAGACCCCUGCCGUAGGAGCUGCCAGCAAAGUCGCCAACGACACGUCACCAAUCCCACCGCCAGAUUUCAGUGAUAAGCGGAACAUCACUACCCCACAGACGAAUGAGUCCAAGGCCUCCUCUGCAAAGGCAGCCAUUGCAAGCGCUAUUCCAACCUCGGGUGAAGACCUAAGUGCACAGCUUGCCGAGGCUAAGGCGCAGAUCCAGAACCUGAAAGACAGGCUGGCAGACCAGGGCUUGAGGCAAAGGAAGAUCGGCGGCGAGACCGAAAAAUCAGGUGCGCCGGCGUUGCAACAACAGCACGCUCAAUCCAUCGAGCCCGGAGUGCCGGUGCAAAUGGUGGCUGGUUUGUGCCUUCUUAGUUUCUUGAUUGCGUACUUUUUCUUCUGAUUGCCGAUCUUUCCCUCUUUAUCAUUUCUUUUCUUACUAAUCUCAGUUUUACCCCCCCAUGUUUGAACUAUCUUGUUACAGAUGAACUGUAUUCCCUUUGAGUUGCUUCCGCGGCAUCGUUCUUAGCCUCAGCACCCCUUUAUAUCGUUAUUUCCCCAGUUGCACUCUACACCGCUGUUGCCUUAUUCAUACCUCUUGUCGCCCUUUUCGUUUCUAUUUUCUUUUUCUCUACAUUUUACCCUUUCCUUUUCUCUUUCAUCUUCUUUUUUUCCCACCCCUUUUUUCUCUUCUGUUCCUCUACUCAUUUCUUCGAUUACCUAUAUUCGAUCAUGAC